AUGAAAUUCUUGGAGGUGGCAGGCGUGCGCAACAUUCGACCCAAAUCAAAACCUUGGAGUGACAAAGAUGACACCAUGAGAGCACCCUUGCUAUUGCUACCUCUGCGACUCCUUGGAGGCGAGCGUCCUCUUCGCAGCAUGGAGCCUCUCGUGGUCCAACAACGUCGUUCCUCCUUUGGUUCGACGAGACUUUUGCAGUCUUUUUCCAGUGGCGACAACAAUGAUGCUGCUGCUGCCAACAACAAUAAUGUACAGGCACCACCCAGAAAAGCCAUGGUGUCAUUCCAUCAAGACGAGUUUCAGGAUUGGGUAGCCGAGCUGGAAUGUGGGCAUUUCCAGCAUGUAAGACACAAUCCCCCGAUGGUGGAAAGACCCUGGGUAUUGACGGAACAAGGACGAGCAUCGUUUCUGGGCUACAAGCUUCCUUGCAAAAAGUGCUUGGAACGUGCACCCAAAGACAAGCAAUGA